UUUGCAUGAAGAGAAGAUGGGCCAAAAAGUAUCGCAGGAAACGAACCAAGAGAGUAAGGCUGACAUCCUGGUUAUCUGUGAUGUUUUCAGCCAAGGAGUGGUUCAUGCAUCACAGAAGCUGAAAGAGUAUCUUGGAUUUGAGGAUCCACAAAGUAAAUUCUAUCCAGCCACUGAUACUUUAAAUGAGAUUUUUCUGGUCAACUUCAUUAGCUUCUGUGUUGAGAAAGGUGUAGAAGAGCGUAUCACAACCAGCAAGAUGACCAAGCAGCAGUCCUUGCUUUUUGGAGUCGACUGGAUCUGGACUCUCUCUGGAGCUGACAAGCAGAUUCGACUUCAGAUUGCUGUGCAGUCUCUACAGAUGGGUGAUCUCCCCAGUGGAGGCCAGCCUUUUGAAGCCAUGGGCAAUAACAGGGAGGCAAUGUUAGCAGAUGAGCUUUUCCGGAACAAGAGCCGGUUUGAAAAGCUGGAAGAAUUUUCUACCCUGGUGGGACAUGACUGCCUUGGUUUGUUCAUAAUCUUUGGAGUUCCAGGAAAGCCCAAAGACAUCAGAGGAGUUCUUCUAGAGAGCAUCCAAAAGGAAAAACGGAAAAACCUUUCGUCUGGUGAGAAUACACUUCAACAAUUUGUUUUGACCACUGAUAGUUUUCUUUCUACUAAAGAGAUGCUGGAAAACUGCCUCACUAAGAAAAAUGGAUUGAGGGAGGUGGGAAAGGUUUACAUUAAUUUUCUUUAAUCUCUUGAUUACAUACUUCAAACCUUCCACUCUUGAAGUAGUAGAGUACUCCUUCCAACUCUUCUCCAUACCUAUUCAUAAAAACCGAUCUGGCUUGUUGGUUUGUUUCUGUCAUCAUGAUUAUUUACAGGAAUCAAACAUUGCUAUAUGUCUCCACUCCUAAAGGAUUCCAGUUCAGCUGCACAUUUCAACAGAAUAUGUUUUCCAGAUGGAAUGUUUCAAUUAAAAAAACAAACCUCAAGAACAGAGUGUCCUUAAAAAUAUAUGAUCUGUUCAUAUGCCUUUGUAUUCAAUACCGAGGUUCACCUUGUUUUGCAAGAGUGAGCAAGAACUUUUGAACUGCAAGGUAAUUGUAAAGCGCAUGCAAUCGCUUAUGAAUGACCACCACCUCAGGUUUUAUAAUAACUGGGAAACACUAUAGUGAUCUAGUAAACAUUUGCUGUUUUAUAGAAUGAGUUCCUUUUAAUAAGUCUCAUUUAUUUCCAGAGCACUUAGCAGCCAACUGCUUCUUUUUGCUCUGUAUCCGUGAUUGUGUCCAAGUGGAAUGUUAUAUUAAAAUAUG